AUGAAGAUUCUAACAUAUAAUAUGAUGGCUUGUACAAAGAGACAGUGUGUGGGAAGAGGUUUCCCUUUGAAGUUAGAGGUUAAGGAUGUUGUCACAUUGAAUCAAGAGUUCAAUCAUGAGUUUGUCAAGAAUAUAAUGUCCAAGCUCGAUUGGAAUGGUAUACAGAUGGCUGCCAAGCAAUUUAAUAUACAGUUGGGCGAAGUAACAGACAAGUCUCAUGAGGAUGAGGAGUUCCUAAAGAAUCUAUAUAAUCUACUUUGUAACGUCAAGGUCAUGACAGGAACACUGACAUGUCCAAACUGUCAAAGAGUGUACUUGAUCGAUCAGGGCAUUCCAAACAUGUUGUUAAAGGAGGACGAGAUCUAUCAAGAUGUUCAG